CAAAUUCCAAGUAGCGGACUUCAGUAGAAACCGUAGGGAACUGGAGGGAAAUCACAGGAGAAUAGCCGGUCAGACAAUCAAUCAUUUUCUGAAUAUUUUUCAACUACUUUUCUCUCUCUCCACUCUACUCCUUUUUCCCCCCUUUGCUGCCGUGGAAAUCGUUGGCGAGUCGGCAGCUGUCGAAAACCUAGAGAGAGAGAGAGAUUGAGUCCCUUUGGAUCGGCGAUGGCUUCCUCUUCAGAUCGCGAAACCGCUGUUUACACCGCUAAACUCGCCGAGCAAGCAGAGCGAUACGAUGAAAUGGUGGAAUCAAUGAAAAAGGUCGCUAAAAUGGAUGUGGAGCUAACAAUAGAAGAGAGGAACUUGCUAUCUGUAGGGUACAAGAAUGUGAUUGGGUCUAGAAGAGCGUCGUGGAGAAUCUUGUCAUCAAUUGAGCAAAAGGAAGAGUCAAGAGGAAAUGAGCAGAAUGCUAAGCGGAUCAAGGAGUACCGCCAGAAGGUUGAGUUAGAGCUCACUAAUAUUUGUAAUGAUAUCAUGACCGUCAUUGAUGAGCAUCUUAUUCCUUCGUGCACGGCUGGUGAAUCAACUGUGUUUUACUAUAAGAUGAAAGGGGAUUACUAUAGGUAUCUGGCUGAAUUUAAGGCAGGUAAUGACAGGAAAGAUGUUGCUGAUCAGUCACUUAAAGCAUAUGAGUUGGCAACCAGUUCUGCUGAGACAGAGCUACCUCCAACACAUCCUAUUCGCUUGGGGUUGGCUUUGAAUUUUUCAGUGUUCUACUAUGAAAUUUUGAAUUCCCCUGAAAGGGCAUGCCAUCUUGCAAAGCAAGCUUUUGAUGAAGCUAUCUCUGAGCUUGAUACCUUGAACGAAGAAUCAUACAAGGAUAGCACCUUAAUUCUGCAACUGCUUAGGGACAACCUCACACUGUGGACCUCUGACAUUCCAGAAGAUGCAGAUGAAGGACAAAAGCUGGAUGCUGCCACCAAGGUUGGAGGCGAAGGUGCAGUUGCCGAGGUAAGUUUUUCCACCGUCUCCUUUCACUUCGCAAAUCUAGUUCUUUACAGAUUGACAGUUCACCAGAGUCCCGACCGCCCUCUUUUUUGCCGUACAUUGCAGUGAAACUGCUCCAUGCGCGAGGACAGAUUGGUGAUUUGUUGAGGAGAUGUUUGUUUGGGGUCAAAGUAGAUACUUUGCUCUUGUGUUUGUUUAUCGUUGUUUUGUUCAGUGGUUGUGAUUGAUGUUGGCUUAUGGUUUAUUGAUGUGGAUUUGAUGUGGCGUAUAGGUGGUUUAAUUUUAGUGACUACCUUAGCCUAGAUUUGUUUGUUUGAAUUACUCAACAUCUUAUUAAUUUCGUCUACACCAAAAAACCAAA